AUGCGACUUAGGAGUCCCACCCAGUGCUGCUGUCACCGGGAACUGCAGCUUCCUGCUGCUGUUAUCACCAACGCCAUAGACAUCAACCCGGGGGAGGCUGAUCUCGAGAUACAGCAGGCACGGAGGCGGUCGCCCCCCGGUGCCAGGACCUUCGGGCACCGUGGGGGAGCGCAGCAGAGCCGCGGGUGGGAGGUGCAGCGCUACGACGGCUGGUACAACAACCUGCUGCACCACGGCCGCGCCGCCGCCGGUGCCAGGCUGCUGCGGCUGCUGCCAGCCAACUACGCGGAUGGGGUGUACCAGGCGCUGCAAGAGCCGUGGGUGCCCAACGCACGCCAGCUGAGCCAGGCGGUGGCACAGGGCCCCUCGGGGCUGCCCUCCCGCAGGAACACCACGGUGCUGGCUGUCUUCUUUGGUUUCCACGUGAUGCUGGACAUCCUGGGGACAGAGAAUGCUGGCUGCCCUGCUGAGUUCCUGAACAUCCACAUCCCAGCUGGAGACCCAGUGUUUGACCCUGCAGGCACUGGAGAUGUAGUCCUGCCCUUCCAGCGUGUCAGCUGGGCACCAGAGACGGGGCAGAGCCCCAACAGCCCGCGGCAGCAGACCAACGAGGUGACAGGCUGGCUGGAUGGCAGCUCCAUCUAUGGCCCCUCACACUCCUGGAGUGAUGCCCUGAGGAGCUUCUCCGGGGGACAGCUGGCAUCAGGGCCUGGUGGGCGCCUCCCGAGGGAGACAGACGGGAAGAUCCCUAUGUGGAAGGCACUGGAUCCCUCCACAGGACAGGGUGGUCCUCAGGGCAUCUACGACCUGGGCAGCGCCUGGGGGAACGAGAGCCCCUUCCUGCAGGCGCAGAGCAUCGCCUGGUUUCGCUACCACAACCACCUGGCCCAGGCGCUGGCGCAGGCACAUCCCUCCUGGAGCGACGAGGACCUCUUCCAGCACGCUCGCAAGCAGGUCAUUGCCACCUUCCAGAACAUUGUGCUGUACGAGUGGCUGCCUACCCUGCUGGGGACACACGUCCCGGACUACCGAGGUUACCAGCAGCACCUGGACCCCAGCCUCUCACCGGAGUUUGUGGUGGCUGCGGGGCAGUUCCUGGCCACCAUGAUGCCACCAGGUGUUUACAAGAGAACCCCAGAGUGCCAAUUCCAGAGGGUUCCUGGUCCCAGUGGCUCCUUCCCAGCCAUGCGGCUCUGCAACAGCUACUGGAGCAGAAAGCUGCAUCAGGCAGACGAGACGGUGGUGGACAACCUGCUGCUGGGCAUGAGCUCACAGAUCGCCGAGCGGGAGGACAACGUCGUGGUGGAGGAUCUCCAAGAUUACUGGUAUGGGCCCCUGAAGUACUCCCGCACCGACCUGGUGGCCAGCCGGCUGCAGCGCGCCCGCGACAUGGGGCUGCCCACCUACAACCGUGCCCGGCAGCACUUCGGCCUCCGCCCCCUCCACAGCUGGCAGGACCUCGGCCCCCACCUGGAGCAGCAGGUCCUGGAGGAGGUGGCUGCCCUGUAUGCCAACAAUACAGCUGGGCUGGAGCUGCUACCUGGGGGCAUGCUGGAGGCUGACAGCUCCCUCUUCAGUGCCAUCAUCUUGGACCAGUUUGUGCGGCUGCGGGAUGGCGACAGGUUCUGGUUCGAAAACACCAACAAUGGGUUGUUCACGGAGCAGGAAGCCAGGCAGAUCCGGAACACCACCUUCCAUGAUGUCCUGGUGGCUGUCACCCACGCAGAGGACACUGACCUCCAGGCCCAUGUGUUCUCCUGGAGCCAGGGGGACCCGUGUCCCCAGCCCCAGCAGCUGACAGCUCAGCACCUGGCCAGCUGCACCCCCCUGACGGUGCUGGACUACUUCGCUGGCAGCGGCGCAGGCUUCGGACUCAUCAUCGUCCUCCUCUGCUGCCUGCCUCUAGUGACCCUCCUGGUGGCCUGGGUCGUUGCUGCUCUCCGCAGGAGGGACUUCAAGAGGCUGCAGAAGCCACGGAGCUCCAGCGUGCAUGGGGAGGUGACCAGCGAGGCCAUGCCCGCCAUGGAGUGGCAUGGCCACAAGGCAGACAGAGCUCUCGUCUACAUCCAGCUCCACGCUGACAAAGUGCUCAGGGUGCUGGAUGGGAGAGGGUCUGUGCUGCGCAGCAUCAGCCUGAGAGCCCAGCCAAGGGUGGAGGUGAUCCUCUCCAGCAACAAAGGCAACAAAGCUCUGCUCCUGAAGAGCCCCAAAGAGUUUGACCUGGUGCUACUCUUCAGUGAGGAGGCAGAGAGGAGCAUCUUCCUCGGGAAGCUGCAGGGCUUCUUGAAGGAGAGCAGCUUGGAGCUGCAGCUGUCUGAGAUGAAGGAGCAGAGCCUGCUGAGGCAGGCAGUCACCCGGGAGCAGAGGAAACAGAUUCUUGAGACCUUCUUCAGGCACCUGUUUGCUCAGGUACUGGAAAUCAACAGGUCCGACGCUGGGGAGCUCAACUUGGAGUCCUCCCAGGCGGCCAAGGGCUCUCUGAUGUGUGAGCUGAGCAGGGCUGAGUUCGCUGAGGCCCUGGGCCUGAAAGCCCACUCCACGUUUGUGGACUCCAUGUUCUCCCUGGCUGACAAAGACGGCAAUGGCUACAUCUCCUUCCGGGAAUUCCUGGACAUCUUGGUGAUCUUCAUGAAAGGGUCCCCAGAGGAGAAGUCCAAGGUGAUGUUCAGGAUGUAUGACAUCGAUGGGAAUGGCUUCCUCUCCAAGGAGGAGUUCCUGAGGAUGCUCAGGUCCUUCAUCGAGAUCUCCAACAACUGCCUGUCGAGAGACCAGGCUGAGCAGGUGACCGACUGCAUGUUCCAGGCCUCGGGCUUCCAGGACAGGGAUGAGCUGACCUGGGAGGACUUCCACUACAUGCUGAGGGACCAUGACAGCGAGCUGCGGCUCACCCAGCUCUGCGUCAGGGGUGUCCCCGAAGUGUUCAAGCAGAACUUAUGCAGCCGUGUCUCCUUCAUAGCCAGGAAAGAGCCCAGGGGAACCAUCUCAGAGGAGGAACAAAAUCCAGGCCUGGGCACCAUGGGCAACUGCGUGGAGCGAGAAGGGCAAGAGCUGAGGAAGAGAGCAGGCAGAAGGCUGAAUCAGCACCAGCUGCAUCUGUACACUGAGGCUCGGCGCAGGAAGCUGGAGAGGAGCAGAGCCCAGCAGAAGCUGCAGGAGCUGAAGCGCUUCGUGGAGAACUACCGGCGCCACAUCGUCUGCGCCGGCCUCUUCUGCGCCGUCACCGCUGGCGUCUUCCUGGAGAGAGCCUACUACUAUGCCUUCAUGUCCCCCAGCACUGGCAUCUCCCAGACCACCUUGGUGGGCAUCAUCCUGUCGCGGGGCUCAGCAGCCUGCAUCUCCUUCCUCUACUCCUACAUCUUGCUGACCAUGUGCCGCAACCUGCUCACGGUGCUGCGUGAGACCUUCCUCAACCGCUACAUCCCCUUCGAUGCUGCCGUCGACUUCCACCGCUGGGUGGCCAUGGCAGCCCUCAUCUUCUCAGUGCUGCACACUGCCGGUCACGUAGUGAAUGUCUACAUCUUCUCGGUGACGCCUCUCAGUGUGCUCUCCUGCCUCUUCUCCAGCAUCUUCACCAACGAUGGGUCACAGCUCCCACAGAAGUACUACUGGUGGUUCUUCCAGACUGUUCCAGGCAUGACAGGAGUGCUGCUGCUGGUGGUGCUGGCGGUGAUGUACGUCUUCGCCACCCACCACUUCCGACGCGUCAGCUUCCAGGGCUUCUGGGUCACACACCACCUCUACGUGCUGCUCUAUGUCCUGGUCAUCAUCCACGGCAGCUACGCUCUGAUCCAGCAGCCUCGCUUCCACCUCUACUUCAUCGUCCCAGCCCUCAUCUACAGCGCAGACAAGCUGCUCAGCCUCAGCAGGAAGAAGGUGGAGAUCAGUGUGCUGAAAGCCGAGCUCCUGCCCUCAGGUGUCACCCACCUGCGGUUCCAGCGCCCGCAGGACUUCGAGUACAAGUCGGGGCAGUGGGUGCGUGUGGCCUGCACGGCGCUGGGCACCACCGAGUACCACCCCUUCACCCUCACCUCCGCGCCGCAUGAGGACACCCUGAGCCUGCACAUCCGCGCCGUGGGGCCCUGGACCACCCGCCUGCGGGAGCUCUGUGCCCCUGAGAGCCUGGCACUCAUGGGCAUGCUGCCCAAGCUCUAUCUGGAUGGGCCGUUUGGGGAAGGGCACCAGGAGUGGCACAAGUUCGAGGUGUCAGUGCUGGUGGGAGGAGGCAUUGGGGUGACGCCCUUCGCCUCCAUCCUCAAGGACCUGGCCUUCAAGUCCUCCAUCGGCUGCAAGCUGCUGUGUAAGAAGAUCUACUUCAUCUGGGUGACGCGCACCCAGCGGCAGUUCGAGUGGCUGGCAGACAUCAUCCGCGAGGUGGAGGAGACAGACCGGGAGGAGCUGGUGUCUGUGCACAUCUACAUCACGCAGCUGCCCGAGAAGUUCGACCUGCGCACCACCAUGCUGUACAUCUGCGAGAGGCACUUCCAGAAGGUGCUGAACAGGAGCCUGUUCACAGGCCUGCAUUCCAUCACCCACUUCGGGCGCCCACCCUUCGUGCCCUUCUUCAGCUCCCUGCAGGAUAUACACCCUGAGGUGCAGAAGGUUGGUGUGUUCAGCUGCGGCCCACCCGGGAUGACGAAGAGCGUGGAGCAGGCCUGCAGGCAGCUCAACAAGAAGGACCAGACCUACUUUGCACAUCACUACGAGAACUUCUGACCCACUCCCAGGCUGCUUCCCCCCACCUGCAGGCUGCCUGGCACUUGUGCCCUCACCCCCAGCACCUCCUGGCAACGCUUUGGGUGGCUGUGGUCCUGGGCUGCCAUCCAGCAGCAGCCCCAGCUGGAAGCCGAGAGCGGCGCAGGCUGCACCGGCUGGCAUCCCUAGCGUGAACCCUCCAGCCCAGGGCACCCCCUCCAGCCCAGGGCACCCUGUGCUCACUCACCCAUUCCCUCAUGCUGGGUCCCACUCCAGCCCACCCAGUGCUUGAGUUCAGCUCCUGUCAGUCUCAGCAGGGCUCUGGGCAGCCUGCUGUAGUGCAGGACCAGGUGACUUCUGGAAGCCUCUUCCAACCCAACCCACUCUGUCAUCUCUGCCCGACAGAGCUUGAGCUCUGCCAGCUGCCUUGGGGAGUGCCUCUGGAAAGCUUUUGGGAACAGCUUGGUGCCCACACAACCUGACAGCACAGCACUUUGCCCCAAGGCCUGGAGGCACGCAGGUAGGGUGGGGAGCCUGAGAGCUCCACACCAUCCCUCUCCUGCCUCACCCUCAGGGCCUCCCCCGGUGGGCGCCAGGCCUUGUUUGCCUGCUGCUGGCAGUGCCACCGUGCUGCAGCCAGGGAGCCCUCACGCUGCGGCACUGGGCUGCCCCGGCAUAGCCUGUGCCAGGCUUCAAUAAAGCUGACUGACCUCAGGUUCCUCCAUA